GUAGUAUCCUCCUAUGUCAUACCAAUAAUUCGUUAUUUUUCGUCUAUAGAUUAAUAACAUAUAUUAGGUACAUUAUAUACAAUUCUCGAUCCCACCCCUUAUGUAUCGCACGUUAUAUAUACUUGAUAUCUUGCAUUUCCCUCAUACUCGAUAUCAAAUAUAUUCCCGUGUUAAAUUGGUCUGUACUUAUUACAAGUACAUAUUACAAGUACAUAUUACAAGUACAAAAGACCUUCCCGAACCAGGGGUUAUCUGUGUAACUCCCCCGCACUAGCUUAGACACCUAUGUAAGUCACAUACGUAGUCCUCCCUACAAUACAGCGACUGCUUGGGAAUCGCAGGGCUCUGAUAGGUCGAAGCUUACUUUCAGCAGCUAGCCCGUCAUGUCCGCUGUCGAUGAUGAGCUCGAUCCUUUUAACCUAGGAACUUAGCUCGGAGUUUACGUUGGUUUAAAAAGAUGAUACGAAACAGAGCAUCUUUUUAAAGAGUUUCCGUCUGGCUCUACAUGUAGUUAAACCAAUCCUAAUCUUUAAUCUCUUUUGCUUCCUUUUAACUCUCUACGUCACGCACUGCUUCGAAUCCGUCAUUUACAUACUUAUAUACACCAUACAAAUACCCCGGUAGUGCACCACUUAAUUAAAAAUAACCAGAAUGGCUUCGGCGACGGGAAUACCCCAACAUUCCCCGGUUGAUUCGGACAACGACAACGGACAACAAGACGAUCUAGAACCUCUUCUGGGCCACCCGGGGGAUGUUUCUCAAAGAGACAAUGCUCCCAUAAUCAAAAACCUCGUCAUUGGCACCGGCGUAAUCGCCGAAAUUGGCGGCAUCCUCCUCGUAGCCUCCGUCUGGGCCGCCGUCUUCCUCAACGGGCCACUGAUCCUAUUCUCGGUGCACCCGCUCGCGCAAUCGCUCGGCCUACUCGUGCUCAUCCAGUCGAUCCUCGUCCUGCAGCCCACGCACACCGGCGCCCAGAAGCAAGUCGGCCAGAAGAUCCACGCCGGGCUAAACUUCCUGGGCAUUGUCACCUUCGGCGUCGGCGUCAUUAGUAUCGAGGUCAACAAGUCCAUAAAUAAUGGCCCGCACUUCCACUCUGUCCACGCAUACUUGGGCGUCAUUGCUUCGUUCUGGCUGCUGGCCCAGUAUCUAGUUGGGUUCACGAUGUUCGCUGUCCCGAAGCUGUAUGGCGGCGAGGCGCAAGCCAAGAGCAUCUGGAAGUACCACCGCUCGAGCGGCUAUGUCCUGCUCUUGUUCCUUGCGGCCACGGUGGCCAGCGCGACACAGACUGACUACAACUUGGACGUCCUAGGGGUGAAGCUGUGGGCUACGAUCGUCAUCUCGUUGUUAAUAGUUGUCGGCGUCUACCCGCGGAUCAAGAAGCAGAAGCUCGGCUUUUAAAGCAAUGGGUACCUCUUGGAAGAUACUAUGAGAGGACGCAAUUUUCCAAGCACCAUGUAGCGCAUUGCAGAAUAAUGAUAUGUUACAGUGUGCACCUUGACAGUUCGUACCAGGUAUAUGAGGUAGUUUUAUGGGGGUUUUAAUUCCCUAUCUAUACUUUCUCUCCCGUGUUUGGCUAUGGCGUCAAAUCAUCGAUUCGGUUGGUUCGGUACGGAAGCGUUCAUCCUAAUGGAGUUCUACACAAAAUUUGGUAGUUAUAUGGUUAUGGUUAUAGUCAUGGUGGACAUGUAAAAGGACCGCUUGACAUGAUAAGAUAGCUCAUGUUGAAGCUAGAAAGGUCGAGAUAGUAAUAACAAAGGAUGUGGCAUCCUAUCCAACUAUGA